AUAUAGUAUGGUAUUUAUAGAAAGCUUUUCAGCAGUGUUCGCCAUUGGCAAGAAAACAAGGUUUAUACUAACAUGCUGAAUGAGGACUAAUCCUAGGAAUAAGACGGGAUGAUGAUUUAGAUACUAUAAAUAAUCAGGAUAUAUAUUUGAAACAUUUACAAUGCAUGUGACAGUUUUUCUUAUAAUAUUUUUGUGUUCAUUGCACGUUUGUGAGUCGUAUUAUAAUGAUGACUUUACUUUCCUUCGAGAUGAAGAUGUUUCCCACAUAGAUGAUCAUAUAGAAGAUGAUGCCUUAAAUGUUUUCGAAAACGUUCAAAAAAAAUCCUUCCAAAGUUACAAACGCCUUGUAUGCCGCCGUUGGAAUCACCACUGUGUUCCAUGGACAAACAGACCUGGCUUUAAAUGUUGCAAUGGACUUUCAUGCAAAUGCAAUCUCUGGAUGCAGAACUGCCGCUGUGUCAGUCGACUUUGGGGACGUUAGAUAAAUCGAAGAUUUGAUAUUAUGUCCCAUGGAAACAUUAUGUCUCAAUUUUUCUGAGAUUUCAAUUAUAAGAGGACACUCCUUAUUAGUCUGUUUUGAAUACAAAUAUUUCUUACAAACAUGUACCAGAUUUGCAUAUAAGCGGAAUGAUUCAGAACAAAAUGAGAAAAUUAAAAGAAAAAAUGCAUAAGUGUAA